AUCCGAGAGAAUUCAAUCAUCGGAGUUUCGACUAUUUUCCAUCCGCAACUGAUCGUUUAUUAUUCACCUAGGUGAUUAAGCCAGUUAAAAAGUAUCUUCCGUGGUAUAAUCAUUCCAAUCGAAUAUAAAUAAAUCUGAUUGAAUGUUAUCGAAAAAUCGUUGAAAUUCAAUAAGAGAAUCACUCGAUCUCUUAUAUGUACCAUUAUUAAUAUGAUUCUUCGUUCACGGAACAGUUUCAGUCUGGUCGAUGAUUCCACCCACCUCCGGAAACAAGUAGGUUUCGUCGGAACUGAUUGAAAAAAUGCAUGAGAAUCGUCAUAUCCGUCGUAGAAUGUCUCCAGUUUUUUCAAUAACAUCUGGUUGUUUCCUAUCGGAAAUAGCAGGAAGUCUCAAGACAAAGCCGUAGACAUUCCGGUCCGGAAUCUUACACCCAUGUUCGAUCAAUCUCCAGUGUCUUCUAUUCAAAACUAGUCUGCAUGCAUUCACUUGUGUUAUUGUAAAUUUUGCUUCUUUCAAUAAAGUUCUCUUUUGUUUUUUAAUCUAUACCUAAUUUUAGGUGAAACGUCACUUGGUCUUAUUGAAAUAUGUAUUUUAUCAUUAACUUCUCAUGAUCAGAAAUGUUUUAUACCAAAUAAUAUUCGUUCUGUAUGGAUAAUAUCAUUUGGUCUCGCUAUUGGUGCUAUUGGUCUUCUUAUAUUAACUGUUCUUUUAUUUCUUGCAUCACAAUAUAGACAAACAUCAACUAUUGAAUAUGGUCGUUUAACUGGAUUUAUUGCUAUGAUCUUUUUAUGUCUUUCAACUGUUCUUUUUCCGAUGGGAUUCGAUUCAGAAAUUAUUGGUGGUUCACCAUUUCAAUUACCAACUGAUUAUCGAAUAGGUUCAAGUUAUGUUGCAUUUAUUGGUGCAACUUGGUUAACUGUACUUUCAGCAAUAAUUGCUGGAAAAAUGUGUUUACCAAGAUUUGUAACAUAG